AUGGCGCCACCAGCUUCCACCGACGCAUCGAGUCUCAAAACGACUCAAAAAUUGACGGAAGAGUCGAAUGAGGAGACUCUCAGAAAGUAUUUCCGUACUAAAGUCGAUGCUGCUCAGCAAAAAGUGGCCGACAAAUCGCAAAACGUCCGCCGUCUCCAAGCGCAACGAAACGAGUUGAACACGAAGGUUCGUAUGCUGAAAGAGGAGCUUCAACAGCUCCACGAGCAGGGAUCGUACGUCGGUGAAGUGAGCAAAGCGAUGGAUAAGAAGAAGGUGUUGGUGAAGGUUCAUCCAGAGGGAAAGUACGUUGUCGACGUGGAUAAAUCAAUCGAUAUCAACUCGUUGAAUACUGGAGCUAGAGUUGCUCUUCGUGCGGAUAGCUAUGCACUUCAUAAGGUUCUUCCGAAUAAAGUUGAUCCGUUGGUCUCAUUGAUGAUGGUAGAGAAAGUGCCUGAUUCGACGUAUGAAAUGGUUGGAGGACUCGAUAAACAGAUUAAGGAGAUCAAGGAGGUUAUUGAGCUUCCUGUGAAACAUCCGGAGCUCUUUGAUGCUCUUGGAAUUGCUCAACCGAAAGGAGUGCUUCUUUAUGGACCACCGGGAACUGGAAAGACGCUGUUAGCUAGAGCUGUCGCACAUCAUACUGAAUGUACAUUCAUUCGAGUUUCUGGUUCGGAAUUGGUCCAGAAAUUCAUUGGAGAGGGAGCGAGAAUGGUGCGUGAACUGUUCGUGAUGGCUCGUGAACACGCUCCAUCAAUCAUCUUCAUGGACGAAAUCGAUUCGAUCGGAUCGAGUCGUGUCGAGGGAUCGAGUGGUGGAGAUUCGGAAGUUCAGCGUACGAUGUUGGAGUUGUUGAAUCAGUUGGACGGUUUCGAGGCGACCAAGAAUAUUAAGGUAAUCAUGGCCACCAACCGUAUCGACAUUCUCGACCCCGCCCUCCUCCGUCCAGGACGUAUCGAUCGUAAAAUCGAAUUCCCGGCGCCAGACGAGAAGGCGCGUGCCGAUAUUCUGAAGAUUCAUUCGCGUAAAAUGAAUCUGAUGCGUGGAAUCAACAUGGCAAAGAUCGCUGAACAGAUCCCCGGAGCAUCUGGAGCAGAAGUGAAGGCGGUGUGCACAGAAGCCGGCAUGUUCGCACUACGUGAGAGACGUAUUCAUGUGACACAGGAGGACUUCGAGAUGGCUGUUGGAAAAGUGAUGCAGAAGGAUUCGGAGAAGAAUAUGUCGAUUAAGAAGUUGUGGAAAUAA